AAUUUUUUGUGGACGGCAGCUUAAAAAUCGUGUAAAUAUAGUGUUAUGGCAGAGAGUGGUUAGAAUUUUGAUCAUUGAUCGGCGCUGGAGCGCUGCGAGAUCGAUGCGCGCAUUGCUACUGCUCGGCACAGCCUCGGCAGCAGCAGCCCUCUCGAACGCCACGCUACACGCCAUCGCCGCGGACGCUAUUUGGCCGGAAGUAGCGACAGGAUGCAUUUUGAGAGCAGACUUCCUUAACCACGUAGUAGAACUAGAAACGAGCACGGGCGAGACGCGGACGGUGCUCUCGAAGGAGAGCCCAAUCCCACCGGUCAUCCCGGGGCCGCCGCAGCUCUGUGCUCUCAAGAACGACCAUGAUAAUGAUGGAAAACAGAGGUCUGUGUUAACCAUAGCUACUGAUCUGAAGUAUUUGAGACCGUGGUCGCAUUUCCUGUGGAACAAGCUGUGCUACUGUAAGCGGGAGGGCCUGGAUUUCUUACUGUUUCUGGGCAACGUCGACACGGCCCACGCGCCGAAUCCGAAAUGCCUGUCCGGUAAAGCAGGAAACCACUGGAUUAAGGCCGUCGCGAUCCACGCUGCCUUAUCUCGCGCGGGCCAGGACGAAGUUUUAGUGCUAGAUACGGACGCCAUCUUCCGCAGGGAGUCCUUCUCAAGGCACGGCCUGGCGUCCUGUUAUUUCGGGGUCAUGGAGGACGCCCAGGCUUCUGUGGCGGCCGGCGCCGAGCAUUAUCAAGUCUUCGUCAAUGCCGCCGUGUUGCUCGUAAGAGAGACUCCGUGGACGCGGGCUUUGUUAAGACUGUGGUGGCGCGACCGGUGCGGCGAGAAGGACCAGCUCAUUCUGUGGCACUCGCUGCUGACGCUCUGGAAUAAAGAUUCAAAUCUGAACUACGACGGCGAAUUGUUAGCUUAUACAUCUAGAGACUACAAGAACAAGAGCUCGACGUCUACAUAUAAACACGCUAGGCGGGUGGUCACGUUCUGUGUGGAAAUCAACCAGUGCGACGGGUGCACAAUUCUUCGCUAAGUCAUUUCUCGGCGAUGACGCGGCCGUCCUGGCUCGGUCGAGCGGCGAGGAACCGGCAUCGCCACGCCAUCGAGCAGGCGUCGCGUCGAUGGCGUGGAGGUCCGCGCGACGAUUCAGCACGAACGUGCCGUAAAAUUUUGAUUUCCACACAGGUCACGUUCGACUACGCGCGGCAAUUGCGGCCCGCGCACUUCGUGAAGUCGCCGGUGGCGCGUUCGUGGCCGGCGUCCUACUUGAGAGUGUUCCACGCCGUCGCCGCGACUCGGUGACGGCGCGGCGGCCUCGGUGCGUCGCGAUUGUCCCUAUUCCGCACAGGUGCCCACCCGAUCUACCACCUCGCAGCCGACAGUCUAUUAGAUUUCCCGGACUUCGCGCUCCUGCCGCAGACGGCGCUGCCGCCUCCGAAACGGUGCCCUGGGCCCGGGCUGCCGUCCUUGCGGAGCAACGCCGCUCGGCGGAAGAAGGGCGCGCGCGGCGCCGGGCCGGCGUCGUUCCUCGCGCACACGAAGAACCGGCCGGCCUUCGACUGCUGUCCUGCUGGUAACGUCGACGCGGCCGCGCCGUGCGUCGCCGUGAACCUCGAGCGGUCGACGCACCGCAAGGGCGAGUCGACGCCGCACCGUCGUUAGCUCUACUGUAACACUGUUAUUUAUUUAU